AAGUGCGUUGUUAAGUUUCGUUUCCCAGAGUAGCAGCAGCUGAGGGAUAUAAACACAGAGCCAGUCUGCAGAGCCACAUUCACAAGUCAGACGUCGUUUUCUUCUCUUCUACCAGACUCUGAUCCGAUCACCAAACAACAUGAGCAGAUGCACAGACUGGGUUCCUUCCUUGUGGAAGGACACCUUUGAUGAAUUGCUGGAUGAUGACAAUGAGCUGGACUAUGGAGACCAGUGGAGUCUCAACUUCAGCUACAGCCAGACAGACACAGUCACCAAGGAGGAGAGGAAGAGAGGCUGGAAGGUCUUCUGCCACACUGCCUAUGGACACUUCCAGUGUGCAUCCUGCCAAAAGAUCUGGCCUUCAGCACGGGUGGUGGUGUUGUUCCGUUACCGGCUGCGGGGUGACCGGGGGACGGUGAUCAUGCGGCCCUUUGGACAGGCAUGUCGCAGUUGCCAGGACGAUGAGUUUGAACUCUCCGGUUUUUCCCAGCAAGAGGUGGAAAAGGCCUUGCUCAGGCUGUGUGCCAAAAUCCGGAAGAAUUGCUACAACGAUGAGGACGACAACAAUGAUGAUGAUGGCUCAUCAGCAGGCUCUACCAGGGUGCGGACCAAACCGCAUGAGGCGACCCUGUGUCAGGCCUGCAUUCAAGGCAUCUGCUGUCAGGAUGAUGAUUAGAAGGGUGUGGUUGUGUGUGUGUGUGUGUGUGUGUGAGAGAGAGAGUGAUUGAGAGGUUGUGUGAUGCUUGGAAGCUCCUUUGCAGUUUGAAUGCCCCUUUUUCCUAAUAUUUUUGAUAAUUAUGUCAUUAUGGAUGUUAAUGUUCAGGGCCAAUACAUAAUGUUCCAGUAAAUAUAUAUAUUUUUUUGUAUUUUUGUUGUUACUAAUAAAGUCUUAAGUCUGACCAC